ACUCAACCGUUUUUCUCAAACUCUUCUCUUUUCUUCUUUCACUUUCUUCCAAACACAAGCUCAAAUGGUGUUACUAUCCAAACCAACUUCAGAACAAUACACCUAUGUUAGGAACAACAUGCCAAUCACAUUUUCUUCAUCAAUCCCUCUCGUUGACCUAUCAAAACCAGAUGCAAAAACCCUCAUAGUAAAAGCCUGUGAAGAUUUUGGAUUCUUCAAAGUUAUAAACCAUGGUAUCCCUUUGGAUGCUAUCUCCCAAUUGGAAUCCGAGGCCUUCAAAUUCUUCUCUCUCCCUCAAACAGAGAAAGAAAAAGCAGGGCCUGCAAAUCCUUUUGGCUAUGGUAACAAACGUAUUGGACUCAAUGGUGAUAUUGGUUGGAUUGAAUAUCUUCUCCUCACAACCAAUCAAGAACACAAUUUCUCUCUUUAUGGAGAAGACAUAGACAAAUUUAGGGGUUUGUUGAAAGAUUAUAAGUGUGCAAUGAGGAAUAUGGCAUGUGAGAUACUUGAUUUGAUGGCAGAAGGGUUAAAGAUACAACCAAAGAAUGUGUUUAGCAAGCUUGUGAUGGAUAAACAGAGUGACUGUCUUUUUAGGGUUAAUCAUUACCCUGCUUGCCCUGAAUUAGCUAUCAAUGGUGAGAAUUUGAUUGGGUUUGGAGAACACACUGACCCUCAAAUUAUUUCAAUUUUGAGGUCAAAUAAUACUUCAGGCUUUCAAAUUUCUCUUAGAGAUGGUAGCUGGAUUUCAGUUCCUCCUGAUCAUAGCUCCUUCUUUAUCAAUGUUGGUGAUUCUCUUCAGGUUAUGACUAAUGGGAGGUUCAAAAGUGUGAGACAUAGAGUUUUGGCAAAUGGCAUAGACCCAAGGCUGUCUAUGAUUUACUUUUGUGGACCACCUUUGAGUGAGAAAAUAGCACCAUUACCUUCACUCAUGAAAGGAAAAGAAAGUUUGUAUAAAGAAUUUACAUGGUUUGAGUACAAGAGUUCAACUUAUGGUUCAAGGUUGGCUGAUAAUAGGCUUGGAAAUUAUGAAAGGAUUGCUGCCACUUAAUAUUGGAGGAUCAUAGUGUUGUUCAAUUGUCAAUAGAAAUGGGGAUACAAUAUAUAUCUAUAAUUCAAUCAAAAUCAACUUCAAAAUACAAUGUUUGUUAAGAUAGAGUUGUAUGUAGUAUAACUAUGAUAAGUUUUUUUUUAUGUAUUUUUCUUUAUGGUACUUUAAGGUUACAUUUAUUAAUUAUGAGGUGUCAUAUAGAUAUGAUAGUAUUUAUUCCCCUUUUGCAUCAACACUCAUGUAAGUACUUUUCUAAGUAUAUGAAAUAUUUCAUAUGUUUGUGUUAAA